GGUCAACCGGUCAGCUCGUUCCUACGUGUUCGUACAGAUUCAGUUUCAUAUCUGCGCUACAUUUUCACCGAUUUCAUCCGAAUUAUGUCUGAUUUGCUAUCCAAUUAAGUUGUGCAUCUGGAUGAAGAGUCCAAGAAAUGUUACUGAGAGAAGUUGAACCUUGUUGGCACAACGGAUCCGUACCUUUUACCGAGAAGCAUGCUAAAAUCACCUGAGCAUUUUGCAACAGCCGACCUGCCUGAACUCUCAUAUCCAGACAUUUAUAAUUACCUCGUCGAUUCACCAUCUCCGUACACUGGAAAUGACCUUAAGGCAUACAAGAGUCUGGAUGCCUACAAGUAUUUUACAGCAGGUUUUGUGCAUGAUGGGCUGAUAUGGCAGAUUCCAAACAAGAAUCGAUGCCUUCUCAUGACCAAGCACUUUGGUCACGGCAAGUCAAUGGCAUGAAUGCUUCCAGCUUAAUUUUUUCACCGGAUUCCCUUCCUGAUGCAACACUGGAUGGGAAUCGAACCCAUGCAAGGCCCUACCGCAAUAAACUUCAGCCACGUGAGGUCUGUAAACGCAUGGAUAUGAUCUGCCAACGUGUUCUUAAUCAGGGCUUCCUUAAGGUGGAGCGUUAUCACAGCAUGUGUCAGAGACAAGUCAAAGCUCAACUUCCUCGACGCGAGUCAGAACGUAGAAAUCAUUCUCUGGCUCGUCAUGCUGACAUUCUGGCUGCUGUGGAGACACGCCUUUCUCUUCUAAACAUGACCUUUAUGAAAUAUGUUGACUCCAACCUCUGCUGCUUCAUCCCUGGAAAGGUAAUCGAUGAGAUCUACCGUGUGCUGCGGUAUGUGAACUCCACCAGAUCUCCACAGCGAGCUCAUGAGGUUCUCCAGGAGUUGAGGGACAUCUCGUCCAUGGCGAUGGAGUAUUUUGACGAAAAGAUCGUUCCCAUCCUGAAGAAAAAGCUACCAGUAGCCGACUUGUGCAGCCGCCUAAUCGGUUCUACUCCUGUGGCAGGUCCGUCGAGUUCUCUGACCACCAUGUCUUUGCUGGCCAAGAACGUGCCGUCACGCUCUGAGAUGACUAAGGUGCAGCAGCAAGUGAAGGUAAACGGGGCGUCUGUGACGGUUUUGCGGCGAGAGAUGCAAGAAAUCCGCGUCAAGCAGCUGGAGCAACAGAAGCAGCUGCAGGACCAAGAGCAGAAGCUGCUAGAGCAGACACAGGUCAUCGGUGAACAGAACGCCCGCCUCGCCGAACUAGAGCACAAACUGCGUGAACUAAUGGACAGUAAUGCCGCCGCUAUGGGAGGGUCCACUAGCAGAACAGCUGUUCCCUCUACAUCCAGCAGUGCUGCGAUGUCCUCUUCUGCAUCCAGCCUGUCUGUAAUGGGCCUGGUGGCAAUUAGUAGGGCAGAAGCCUCCUCGCCAGCCAGAGAACCGGCUCGCGAGGGGGAGACAUCACUGAAGCGCAUCAGAAAGAGCCCAGACCUUGUACGAAAGUCAAAACGUUUGCGCCGCAAGAAAUAAGAGACUUUUGUGUCAUUUAUUUAAUUAUUCCGUUUGUUUUUGAUUGGUUAGAGCGGUCAGUCCUCAUCCAACUUUAAAGGCCUACUGAAAUGAAAUGUUCUUAUUUAAACGGGGAUAGCAGGUCCAUUCUAUGUGUCAUACUUGAUAAUUUUGCGAUAUUGCCAUAUUUUUGCUGAAAGGAUUUAGUAGAGAACAUCGACGAUAAAGUUUGCAACUUUUGGUCGCUGAUAAAAAAGCCUUGCCUGUACUGGAAGUAGCGUGACGUCACAGGUUGUGGAGCUCCUCACAUCUGCACAUUGUUUACAAUCAUGUUGACCAGCAGCGAGAGCGAUUCGGACCGAGAAAGCGACGAUUACCCCAUUAAUUUGAGCGAGGAUGAAAGAUUUGUGGAUGAGGAAAGUGAGAGUGAAGGAUUAGAGGGCAGUGGAAGCGAUUCAGAUAGGGAAGAUGCUGUGAGAGGCGGGUGGGACCUGAUAUUCAGCUGGGAAUGACUAAAACAGUAAAUAAACACGAGACAUAUAUAUAUUCUAUUAGCCACAACACAACCAGGCUUAUAUUUAAUAUGCCACAAAUUAAUCCGCAUAACAAACACCUCCCCCCUCCCGUCCAUAUAACCCACCAAUACAACUCAAACACCUGCACAACACACUCAAUCCCACAGCCCGAAGUACCGUUCACCUCCGUAAAGUUCAUACAGCACAUAUAUUUCCCCAAAGUUACGUACGUGACAUGCACAUAGCGACACGCAUGUACGGGCAAGCGAUCAAAUGUUUGGAAGCCAAAGCUGUACUCACGGUAGCGCGUCUGCUAUCCAACUCAAAGUCCUCCUGGUUGUGUUGCUGCAGGCAGCCGCUAAUACACCGAUCCCACCUACAGCUUUCUUCUUUGCUGUCUUCAUUGUUCAUUAAACAAAUUGCAAAAGAUUCACCAACACAGAUGUCCAGAAUACUGUGGAAUUUUGUGAUGAAAACAGACGACUUAAUAGUUGGCCACAAUGGUGUCCCAAUAUGUCCGCACAAUCCGUGACGUCACGCGCAAACGUCAUCAUACCGAGACGUUUUCAGCAGAAUAUUUCGUGGGAAAUUUUAAAUUGCACUUUACUAAUCUAACCCGGCCGUAUUGGCGUGUGUUGCAAUGUUAAGAUUUCAUCAUUAAUAUAUAAACUAUCAGACUGCGUGGUCGGUAGUAGUGGGUUUCAGUAGGCCUUUAAUUUUGUUGUUGUUGUAGUUUUUAUGAAUUAGCUUCCUCUAUUACCGUACUUCCUCAUCACAGCUUCAAUGACGUGCAAUACAAAGAAGUGUGUCACCAUUAAACUUGAAGUUUGCAAGAGCUUUAUUUGAAAGAAGAGAACAGUUCUAUUUGAUAUCGCAAAAACAAAAUUACUGAAUAUUCAAACAAUAUCUAGUGUUGACAAGAAAAAGGCAGCAUGAGGCAAAGGCCCUUCGAGAUGGAAAUGUUCUAGUAUAGUGCUUUAUAUUUAUAUAUAUGUAUGU